AUGGGUAUGGAUUUAACUGUGCUCUCAGAUGCGGUAACGUCAGGGUAUAAUGAAGGAACUAAAGGACAUGCUAGCUCAAUUAGUUACCGUUCAAAUGGGAAACGCAGCACCUGCACAGCAGAAAAUUAUCAGCAGCAACGGCAGCCAAUAAUCGAUUUGGAUAUCGACGAGAUCAGCAACGAGAGGAACAUUCCUGUACAGGCUACCAACAACGUGAGGCAAGCUUCAGUCAAGGAAAUUGCCAACACCUUGCCAGAAUAUGAUCCCAGCGACGACAGCGCCAUUUCAGUCGACCAGUUCAUCGAUCGUGUCAACAAAGUAGUUGAUGCCUACCAGUGGGACGAGAAGUUCCUGUUACUUGCUAUUUAUACCAGGCUAAAAGGUCCAGCCAAGAUGUGGCUAGAUUCAUCACCCGUUCUACAUACUACGUGGAAGCACUUCGCCGAUGCUAUACAGGACGAGUUCGGCGCCAAUCCAGACGUAGCAGAAUUGCAUUUCAACAUGGCCAAUGCAACCAGGCGAUCAAAGGAGACGGUAAAGGAGUACUGUUUCAGGAUGUCAGCCCUUGGGGUGCGGUACAAGCUCAGCGAGGCAGCAAUCAUCAAAUAUGUUCGCUCAGGAAGGACGAGUACGACCCAGAAACAAUAUUCAACGAAAGCCAGCAACUUCGAGCAGAAGCAGGACACCGAAGUAAAACCGCCAAAGUCGAAGGAAUCCCUGAAGUGUUACAAUUGCGGAAAAAUUGGGCACUUUGCUAAGUCGUGUCCAAAGGAGAGGAAAAAGUCACGCUGUACCAAAUGCAACAAGUUCCACGAGCAAACGGACGUUGCCAAGCUACGAAUCGCUUUCAUCGACACAGGUAGUCAAGCCAGUCUCAUGCGACAAGCACUUGCCGAGCAAAUCAACGCCAAGCGCCACAAGUGCUCUAUGAAGAUAAGAGGCAUUUGCGGAGGUUCACGAAUCCUCACAGAAGCGAUGACUGUGGAUAUAGGAAUCGAUGUGAAGACGAUCACAGCAAAGGUGUAUAUAGCGGACGACGAUCUAUUGCUAGAGGAUUUUCUAUUGGGAAAGGACAACGACAAGGAAAGUGAGGAAAUGCGCAGCUUACUGGAGAAGUUCGCCGAUGUUUUCUCAACAGGGUUGGAAGGCAUAGGAAAGACAAGCGUGGUCAAAGCACACAUCACCGUCGAAAGCAAUCAGGUAGUAGCACAAGCCCCAUACCGAGUUACCGAGCCAAAGAAGGAAAUCGUUAGCAGAAUGGUCGACGAGCUGCUAAAACAGGAUAUAAUCACGAUGUCAACGUCAGAGUACGCCAGCCCGGUGGUGCUCAUCAAGAAGCCGAAUGGUAGCGAUCGAAUGUGCGUCGAUUACCGUCGCCUGAAUAAGCUGAUAAAGAAGGAGAAUUUCCCAGUCCCGAACAUCGAAGAGCGUCUGCAGGAGGCGAAAAGAUUUAAGUACUUCUAA